AUGAAUCCUCGUCAAGAGGCAUUCCAGGAGAACAUUAACAAGCGUGUUCUCCUCGACUGGGUAAGAAUCGUGGGGUUGGAAAACCCCCACAAGAAAACGUAUAAUCGCGUGCUAGCGGACUUCGCACACAAUAUUUUAAAAUAUCCUUCUGAUAAGCCGCUUCCUUUUUCGUGGCCAACAGGUGCCGGCGUCUUCAAGGGUAUCUCUGCCAUAAGAGCAAGGAUAAGCUACGACUGCUGGAGAUAUUUUCUAAGUGAGGGAAGAAAUCAUCUGUCGACUUACAACGCAACAAAUAAGAAGGAUAUCAAAAUAAUCAAGGAACAGACUAUGAAAGUUUCGGACGAAGAUUAG